CAACGCCCAAUCCAAGCCCCGAUCCGACCCAGGGGCCUCGGGCCUUCUUAACAUAUUCUUAUCAUUUAGCCAUACUUUACAUAUACUUCCCCUACCUAACGCCUGUGUCAACUAACGUAUCUGCCUCACUCAUUAACUACAACCGGUAGCACUAUAAGCUCACUUGUACCAAGGAACUUUAAUAGUUGACUAUAGUUCUUUGCUGAAAAUGUCCCUGCGUCGGAAGUUGAAGGGCAAGAAGCCGCCGGAGGGCUGGGAGCUAAUUGAGGAAGUGAUUGAGGAUUUUGAGCAGCAGCUGAAGGAGGCUGUUAACGAGGAGCAUGAGGGCAAACGUAAAACGGAGCUAACUUGGAAAAUUCACCGUCUGCACUGGGAGAAGAAUCGAUUUAUCUAUGACCUUAUGUACCAACGCAAGGUUAUGUCCAAGGAGUUGUUCGAAUGGCUGGUUCGAGAGAAGGUGGCGGACGGCGCGCUCAUCGCCAAAUGGCGCAAGCCGGGCUACGAGAUCCUGUGCUCCAUGCUGGCCAUCCAGAAGGGAAACCAUAACUUCGGGACCACCAGCCACUGCCGCGUGCCGCUGCGGGCGCGCGGCAAGCAGCAGCGCAUCACGCCGGACGUGCAGACGGGCUGCAUCUCCUGCGCGUCAGGAGACGGAAAGUUCGGCGGGCCGGUGUGGUGGAACACGCCGCUGGACGAGGAGGACGGCGCCAAGCUGGAGGAGAACCGCACCACGUGGGGGCAGGGGGGCGAGGGAGGGCAAGCGGGCGACUUUGGGGACGCGGGGCCGGGCCCCAGCGCUGCCGGGCGCAAGCGGCCUGCAUCCGACUUUGACGCCGACGAUGACGAGGAGUUGCCGGCGGAGGUGCGGGCACGGCUGGAGGCGCUCAAGAAGAGCAACCAGGGGCUAGACUGAGGGGGCUGGGUGCGGGUUAGGUGGGUUAGGUGGGGUCGGCUGGGAGAAUGGAGUGGGCUGGGAGGGUCCCUGAACGGCGGGGUUGUGAGGAGGGAGCUUUGACGAAGGGCCAUGCGUUUGCAGCUGAUAGGGAUUGAAAGCGUGGAUGGCCAUAGUGGAUGGAUCAGUCGUAUGGGAGCACCGCACCUAGACUUUUGCCCAGCUGCGGCGAAUGGGUAGGCCAUAGGAGGCGACGCAACGUUAAAACUGGUGCGACAUUUAAUCCUAUCUUAGGCAGAUAGCUUACAGCGGCGGUCGCGAAUGGCGAGAUUCGGACACAUCAAGGGCGUGGGUGGUGGGGUUGAGCGAGGCAGAGACCAGCAGUGCCUUCCUCCCGCCGUGGCCGGAGAUUGGACUACUGUGGUGACGCAUGCGGCUGUGUUGGUUGUGCUGCUGCUUGGGUAGGGCCGAGGAUGCGUUACAAAGGGACGUGCUGGCGCACUACCGUUUCGUUGCCAGGUUGUUGGAUUGAGAAGUGGUCCGCCCGUUGUCCUAGCGUGCUAGUACACAUGUGCCAGAUGCAGUGACCGUUUAUGUUAUCACAUAGCAAAGACGCCGAAGAGAGGUUCUCCUGCCUGCAUACCCUGCUGGGUGAGUAACAACACUAACCUGAGUCUUACCAUGGGCAGCUGGGGUGUACGGCUCUUGUGCAGCGGGCAUCUGCCGAAACACGACUUUGGGGUAUAGCGGGUUUUGUUGUUAGAGAGAUUGUGCACUACGGAAAGGGUUUCGAACUUAAGGAAGGAGUGCAUUGCCCUGGCAACGUUCAUCACCUAGCACAUGAUGGGUGUGUUUCCUUAGGGCCGUGUGGCCCGGCGUCGCGACCGACUACCGGUGCCCGAUGCUGGAGCAGCGGGUACGCUGCAGCAAAAUGUGAACGGACGGUGCGGUGUGAUGGCUUUCGUGAUUGUGGCCCUUUGCAAGGGCUGCAGGCGCUGCGCUGGUGUCUGUGUGAUGGACGUGUAGAGAUCUGCAGCAUGUUUGCUC